UCACUCCAUCUCUCACUCAACACACACACAUAUAUAUUCUUACGAUACACACAUACGAUAUUCGAGGCAAAUAUGUUUGGCAUUGUUAAAGGACUACUCCAGUUGCCUGGCCGCGUGCUGCUAAAGCAACCAAAUCGCUGCAAGCUCGAUGCCAGCAACAUGUAUGACAAGCUGAAGUUCGAGUUCACCGAGCAGAAUUUGUGCCGAGCAAAGGACCUGCUCAGCAACUAUCCUGAGAAGGAGCAACGCGGUGCACUAUUGCCGCUGCUCGACUUGGCUCAACGUCAGUAUGGUUGGCUGCCGAUCACAGCCAUCAAAGCGGUGGCUGACAUGAUCAAGGUGGAUCACUUCGAGGCCUGGGAGGUGGCCUAUUAUUACACCAUGUUCCGACAGCAUCCCGAGGGCAAGUAUCGCCUGACAGUCUGUACUUCGACGCCUUGCUAUCUGCGCGGCGGCGAUGUCAUACUGAACACCUGUAAGGAAGUGCUUCAGCUGAAGGAGAACGAGACUUCGAGUGAUAUGCAGUUCACGCUGAAGACAGCCUGUUGCUACGGGGCCUGUGUCAAUGCGCCUGUGUUGGGCAUCAACGAUGACAUCUAUGAGGAUUUGACGGUGUCUGAGUUGGAGUGUAUACUGGACAAUCUAAAGCAGGAUGUGAUACCGCCAGCUGGGCCACGAAGUGGACGCUUCUGCAGUGAACCCAUCUCGGGACCGACAACGCUCCUCGUCGAGCCACCGCCAGCUGGCUUUGGCAUGCAGGAGUUGUGCAAACCGAAGAAAUGUUGAGCAAAUUCUUGUGAGCAAUAAAAUGUAGCGUCCUUAUUGUGGCAGCAGCGAGCAUUGAAA